CCUCACGACACCGACAAACCGUCUGCAGCUGAUCCCCACGACCGCCUUCGCAAGGCGGGGCAUUUUCCAUUUUCCAUUCCUCCUCGCCGAAGACGACGCGGGACACUGACGCCUCGUCACCGCCAAAAUGGCUUCCCUCAGGACUCUGUUCCUGGCGGUGCACGCCUCCAACAGCAUAAUAAGGGCGUUGUUUCUGCCACUAUGCUACCUCACACUCUUCAGUCCCUUUACACUUGCCAUCGCCUGGUACUUUGGCUUCUUGCACACGCUCGAAUCACUCAUACCUGAAGACUUUUCCUGGUUCGAUCUUCUGCCGCAAUUUGCAAUCUCAGCCGUUUUCGUCCUGCUGCCAACAAGGUUUUUUUCGGCUCCAAGUAAAACAGUCACGAGCAAAGAUGGGAAGAGACGGGUACAACCGCUGCCAUACUGGAUCCCAGGGUUCAGGAACUUCUGGAGUAUUGCGUUCGGUGGUGAGGAGUGGUUAAGGGGAGUCAGAGAGACUUCCACAACAAGUCUGAUUGCGUACAAGGCAGUAGGAUCCAAGCACAAUAUCCUGCUAUCAGACUCUCUGCUCAGCCAAAUGUACAAGAACUGGAAGAACCUGGAGGCGCCCGACAACAACCUACCUGCUAUCCUUCAAAAUGCAUUCAAGAUGCCAUCGGAAAUGAAGAGCCACUAUCUCGAACUCAUACCGGAAAUCACCAAGGUCGUUGAAACGGACAUAUACGGCGGUUCGACUAAGGAGACUCUUGUCCAAACAUCGCUGCGCAUCAUAUCUGAGUCUCUUCCGGACUUCAUCACUUUCAACACAUCCAUUGUCGACCAGAUGCAAUGGGAACGCGUCUCGAACUUGGAACUCACAGAUGGUACAUCAGAGGUCGAGUGCGAUUUGUUUACGCUUAUCAACGAGUUCUGUUGCAACGCCAUUCUACCACCAAUCGUCGGCACUCAGUUCACCGAAUCCUAUCAACUGCUUCCUACCGACUUGGCUUCUUUGAACGAACGGUUUUGGGCGCUUGCUCUCGGACUGCCGCGGUUGUCACCUAUAAAGGGCUUGCCGACGUCGGCUCUGGCUCAAAAGCGAUUGAUACGAAAUUUUGCAAAGCACUUUGGAGACUUGACGAAUCCACCGGUGAAGAGGGUACCGGCUGAUGAUGAGAGUGUGAGCGGCGAUGAAGACACAGAUGCCGAUACAGUUACGCCUUUGAUGAAACUGAAUGAACUGUUCUCCAAGCAUGAGCUACCAAUGGAACUGAGAGCCUCAAUCGCCCUCCACCUUGUACAUGAUGUUGUUUCCGAAGUCGUGCCGCUUGUAUUUUGGACGCUGUUGCAUAUAUACUCAUCAACUGCACAAGAGUCGCCGCUUCAGAAGGUCAAGGAAGAAACCAAGACGUGGGCUCAGGCUUAUCAACCACCGUCAAUACAUCCGUCGUUCCCGGCACCACCAGAGAUACGCUUUGGGCCAGCCACUGCGGUUCUCACAGCGACAUUCCUACCUUACCUUCGCUCAUGUGUCAACGAGGCUCGACGUUUGUAUAGCUGCUCCGCCAGCACAUACAAGAUAAAGCAUCCGAUAACCUUGGCUGAGGAAGACAUCACACGGCCUGGAAAAGAAGAGCAAUGGGUCUUGGAAGCAGGAUCGUACAUUGACAUUGGCCUGUCUCAAGCUAUGAUCAAUUCCUCGGCGGCAUCGCAUCCCGCUCCAGACACAUACAAAGCCGACCGCUUCACGACCACACGGGUACCAUCGUCCGUCGUGGCGCCAAACGAUGUUUCAGAAUCGUACAAGACGGCACUUCUCAUACCUCUUAUUGCAGGCAUCACGCAGCUAUGGGAAAUCACGCCGGCACCCCAGAAAACCUUCCUGGAGCAGAUGCAAGAAGCAGGGAAUGAAGCGUCAAUUGGCGCCGCAGCGCUGACCGGCGAGGAAAAAGCCGCCAGGCAAGAAGCCAACCGGGCGCGAGACAAUGCGAAGAGAAAAGACGCGAAAUGGGCACUCCCAACACCCAUGGACGCAGCAAGCAUCAAGGUCCCAAGACAAGAUGUCCGUGUAAGGAUCCGUAGACGGGAGGGCUUACCUAAAACCACGGUAGUUGGGCGAAUUGGCUAG